AUGAAUGACUUUGUGUGUAGAAGAUUCAUUGCUGUAAAAAACUCGAUUUUCGAUCAAUUGGACAAUAAAGGAAGCUAUAAAUUUAUUAAUGAAAAUAAUUUAAAUGGGUAUUGUACUAGUAAUAGAUGUGACGGUGAUCUUGAAAAAAUUAAUGCUGGAUGUUUAUUUUUGUUUGAUGCAUUAUUUAAGAAUUAUUCUGUGUUUAAGAAACAUAAUAACAUCAAUAUUGUUGAUUACAUUAUCAUAUGGUUAAGUUAUAUGUUAAACCUAAAGGAACAAGCAGGAAAUAUGAACAAUAUACAAUAUUUUUAUACUACAUAUAUAAAUAAUGAUAAAUACAAAAAUACUAUAACCGAUGUUACAGAGUAUAAAAAUUAUAAGGAUCUUAUAGAUAAAACAAAUAUGAUGAAUAUGGAUAUUAAAGAUAUAUCUAAAUUUUAUGAUGCAUUUAGUACAUUAUGUAUGAUGUAUAUUGAAUUUAAUGAAAAAAGUCCAAAUUGCAAGAAAUAUGUGGAAGAAGCUAAAAAGUUUGUUAAAAAAUACGAACAACUUAAUGGAAAUUCUAAUAUUACUGGAAAUAGUUCAUAUAAUAAAAUAUUAUCUACUUUAUCAACUGAUUAUAAUAAUUUUAAAAAUAAAUGUAUUAGCAAUGGCAUUAAUUGCACAAAUUUUCCAUCCCUUCCAACAAUAGAGCCAAAACAACCUCAUGUACAAAGUUCUGGAGAUAGUUAUGAAAAAAGUUCUGGAGAUAAUUAUAAACAAACUUCUGAAUAUAUUUAUGGGCAAACUUCUGAAGUUACAUCAUCAAGUUCGCCGAUAGGAAACAAAUUAUUUACAGUUUUAUCGAUAUUUGGUGCAAUAGCAUUUUUUUUAGGAAUUUCUUAUAAGUAUUCGUUAUUUGGAUUUCGGAAACGAGCUCAAAAACAAUAUUUAAGAGAAAAAAUAAAAAAUAUAAAGAAGAGAAUGAAUCAUUAA